UCCAUGUACAUACAUUGAACACAGUUGUGUAAAACAUAGGGAAAAAUAAAUAGCAUACAAUAAUAUAUUUGAUAUUGUAAUUUUUAUAAUACUACUAAAACUGUAAAGGUGAACGUAAAAGUGAUGUGGAAUAAAAGAUAAGAUAAAAAUAUGGAGGUUUCAGGCGCAGGAAAAUCACCAAACACGUCACUUUCGUUCAGAUACAAUGCAAAUAAUGAAGAAUUAGAAGAAUUGUUCCAUGCAUGUGAUGAUGAUCCUCCAACUCCUCAGCCUGACCCACCAGUCAGGUCUGAGAGUGCUAGUCCAAAGAAAACAGAGAAGUCACCUUCCAUAAUAGAUAAAUAUUUUAAAUCCAUAAGAACAGAAAAGCUCCCAGAGAAAGUUGAAGAUGUAAAACAGGAUCCUAAACCUGAAGAGAAUCGUACUCCUAUAGCACCCAAAGAGGCUACAUCCUCCCCAAUGAAAGAAUAUUUAAAUCGUCUUGGGAAACGAAGUAUCUCAGAAGUUGUUCCAGAAAGUAAUGAGACUUGGAAAAUAUUUCAUGAUUUCAAAUUUAAAAUUGCACAAGCUGUUGAAGAUAUGAAAACUCGCUCAGGUGACGAAACAAAAGAUAAGACAUUGCCAAGAGAAAAUUCAACAUCUGAUUCUGAAGAAUCGUCUGCUAUGAAAGAUGUAGAUCAACAAAGUAUUGGUGACACUGACAACCAGGUAUCGUCAUUAGAUAGCAGUAUACAGAAUUUAUCUGAUGUGACUCAGCCCUUAACAGCCAAGCCUACUGAGUAUGAUUUGUGUAAGGAAUUAAAUACAACCAAAAAUCAUUCGGAAUCCAGUGAUGACACACAUAAGAAUUUAGCUAACAGCGAAUCUGAUUUAACAAAAGAAUUACAAGACAGCCUAGAAGUUGAAUCGGGCGUCGAAGCUCUGGAAGAUACGAUAGACGCUUUCGGUGACCUGAAUCAAAUAGAUACGGAUAUUCAGAAUCAAAAGCGUGACUCGGCUCAUAUACAACCAAUUCCCACGUGUGCACCAUCAAACUUCGGUCUUCCGCCUAGCAAGAGUAACUUACACAAAGAGGAGCCGACGAAGAAGCCUAAAACUUACUUUUUAAAAUUUUCAAUGUAUCUCCUGACAAUAUUUCUUUUAAUUAACUAUAUCCUGUUUCCAAAUUGCCAAAUUUGGAACGGAUUUCUACUCGGCAUCUGGUUCUUCUGUCUCGCGAGCAACUUUAAGGAAUGGUUGCUGGAUAACUACUUCAGCGAUGAGCCUCGAAGAAGUUUCUUUCAGUUGAAUCGUACAGUUUCGGCGCCUUUUAUGUACACAAUACCGUCGGUUAAGGAACAUAGGCCACUCAAAAAAUAUGAGGGUUGGAUGAAUCACUACCGGUAUCCGGACUACGACCCCUAUACAUACCACAUAAAUAAGACAACCACCGCCUUUAUGAAACUCGAAGGAUGCAAUCUGCGCAUAUCAUACACAAAAACGAAAAUCGCAAAACGGGCGCUAUGGGACGAGAAGAUCGAGAAGGUCACAUUCUACCAACACCGACUGUACAACCUAACCGGGGCGAAGGUCAUUUUGCUCCCCAAGGGACUUGUUAAGAGACGGCAAUGGAGCAAAAAGUACCCGAUUUGCAUAAUUUUGAACGAGAAAGAGAAGAUUCAAGUGCUGGAGAAAGAAAAUACACCUGCGGAGAAGAAGCUGUCGGAAUCGUUAGAACCGAAAAAGAGCAAGGAGUUGCCGCUCGAGACGGAGAGCACAGAGACUAACACUAGUCCGGAGAAGAAAAGGAAAUUUAUAUGGAGAAGGAAAGAAAAAAGCAUUUCACACAAUGACGGAGAAACCGGUAAAGAAGGUCUGCGACACAGAUUAGUUAGAAAAAUGCAUAGAGAUAAGAAAAUAGACAGCACGUCGACGGGCACUGAACAUGAAAACCAAGGUCACGUCGAUAAAAAUACUCAACCGGAAGACAAUGUUGAGACGGAAAUUGAAUUUACCACAAAAUCUAUCACCAGCACCAAAGAUGACGACGAAUAUUUAGAUGAAAGUGAGCUGUCUCGCAUUAAGGAAUUUUUAGAAGAAACCGAAAUCGAGACAGGCGUGGAGGGCGCGUCGGAGGGGGAGUGGAGCGUGCACGUGAAGCAGUCCAAGGACAAACAUUCGCACCUGCAUCUGUUCGCACGCACGGGGCGGGAUAAACACGAAUGGUACCGUCGCUUCAUGAUAGCGAUAUCAGAAGCAAACGCGUCCGUAGACAAUUCCGGCUCCGAGGAAAAGUCAACUAGCGACAACGCACAAGAGACGAAAGACGGUAUAGAACUCGCCGUGUAUAAGCUAUCGGAGAAGGACACCGUCGCGUUCGCUAAGAGUAAAACAAAUGAUACCGUAACGGAGGGCGUCACGAUAUCUCCGUCGCACCCCGCGCCCUCUAUCUUUGAGUCCUACGAGAAAACCUUCUGGCCGUAUUUGCAGAAAAUUAUACAGACACAUGAAGCUCCGUCGAAACAAAAAGCUGAUAUAGGUGUUAUGUGCCAGUUAGAGCCGACUCCUCAUGAGCGCUCCAAGCACAAGAAGAAGAAGAAAGGCGAUACUCAGAGCUCGUCCCCGGAGUGCGAGUGCCGCUCGCUGCCGGCCGAGCUGACGUGGAUGAACACGCUGCUGGCGCGCCUCAUGUACGACGUGACGCGCGACCCGCACACCGCCGCGCGCCUGCAGAACCGCAUACAGCGGAAACUCAACACGCUCAAGCUGCCGUCGUUCAUGUCGCCGCUGGUGGUGACGGAGCUGCGGCUGGCGGGCGCGUGUCCGCUGCUGUGCGGCGUGGGCGCGCCGACGUGCGACGCGCGCGGCGUGUGGCUGCACGCGCACCUGCGCUACGACGGCGGCGCCACCAUCACCAUCCUCACGCAGAUCAACCUCAUGAAGCUCAAGGAGAAGAAUGUUACGUUAGAGGAUCAGUUACUCGGUUCGACUGAUAACAUUAUAGAAAAUGAAGUCAAUUUCGACUCACAAACGGGCUGCGUUUCUCCGGAACUAAAGAGGAAAAAGCCAGCGAUUUACGAUUCCGACGUAGAAGACUCUGCGGAGUCCAGCAGCGACGACGACAGCCCGCCCGUGCAGCCCGUCGACAGCGCAGAGAACAUCGUGCUCUCGGAGUCCACAACAUCAACAAACGAAGGUGGAUCUUCAAAGAAGAAAUUCCUUCGAAUGGUCGACAAGAUAGCAACGAAUAAGUACUUUCAACAGGUAACGGACUAUAAGUACGUGAAACGUGCAAUGGAAGGUUUGUCUAAUACGGACAUUAAACUACAAUUGGAAGUGAACGGGCUAGAAGGAAGGCUAGCUAUCAACCUCCCCCCACCCCCUCACGACAGGCUGUGGAUCGGAUUUUCAACAAAUCCGCAACUAGUGCUGAAGGCCCGGCCGGCGGUGGGGGCGCGCACGCUCCGCUUCGCGCACAUCUCCAACUGGAUCGAGCAGAAACUAACCAAGGAGUUCGAGAAGGUUCUCGUGCUGCCCAACAUGGAGGACAUCAUCAUUGACGUACUCACACCCACGCCCGUGGAGUUUGAGUAGUGUUGAAUUCGUUUCAUAUGUCAAGGGUCGUCUACAAUAAAACGGUAUCGUAUAUUAAAAUACUAUGCGAAAAACAAUAUGUAUGAAUUGUAAGAAAGAGACAAAUGUAUUGUCGCUCGUUAGCUUUCUUACUCUGCGUAUACUGUACCUGUUGUUAGACCAAGCUUAUUCUGCUAAACUAUAAAAUAUUCUCUCAUAAGCGUUUCCUAUGUGACCGUGGGCUAUUGACAUUUGUUCGCUAUAAAUAUUUCUAUAUUGUUUAUAUAAUGUGGAUCAAAUGAUAUUAAUGUCUUAUCCAGUAUAGAAAUAGCCUAACAUACUGUUACAUAUAUAAAUUGAGGAGAAUAUACCAGUAUUAUAAAUGGUGAUCGUUACAAGCGCGAGACAAUUUGGUGUUUACAUUCAAAACGCCUCGUAAAUCGUUUAGGUCACCGCAUACCCCAUCUAACCUUAUGAGUAUAUUUUACACAAAAUAUAAACGUGUUUGUUACAUGAUAUUUAUCUAAGUAGGAAUUAUUUAUAUAUUUGAUUUUUAUUGUUUAUAUAAUAUAUUUAUUUGACUAUACAAUUUUUUUUUAUGUCGAUAAAUUGUAAUUUAAAAUUUUAUAGUCGUUCGUGCGAAUUAAUAUAGCUUUGUGUACAAGAUAGUAUAGUUCUUUGUAUUUGGCAUUUACUUGUAAAGUUACUAUUGUCGUUUAAUAGUUGUUUUUUUAUAUAUAAUUAUUAUUAAAAAUUUAAAUCUCUGUAGUUAGAUAUAAAAGAAAUAAAAUAUAACCAAAUAUAUAGUCCUUUGAAAGGAGUGAGUUCAAAUAAUUAAAAUCAUCAAGCAUUUAUAAUAUUUGUUAUGACGAAGCUCAAAAGACUAAUAAAAAAAAAACAUAAAAAGACAUUGUAAAUAUGUGUAAAAUAUAAAAUUAUAUUGAUUAAAAUGUUCAAAUGUGGUCUAAAAUUUAUAAAAUCGUUCUCUACUAAAAUUAUUUACAAAUAUAUAGUGUAUGGUUAUAAAAAUAUGUAGUAUCAUAGCAAAAAAUAGAAUUAAUUUUUAAUAAUUAUUUAUAUAUAGUAUAGUAUUGUAUCAUAUACUUUGCUUAUAUAAUUAUUAUUAAGCAAGUUUUCUUACAUUUAGCUAUUUUAAUUAAGUGUUAGUUAAUUCGUGUGCUUUGCAAUGACACACAUAGAAAAGCUAUUAAUUUCCUCACUAAUAGAAAUAUUCAAUUUUCGAAUAGUCUAAAAUGUGACAAAUACAACACUAGGGCGGUAUACUUUGAUUCUCCUUAGAAUAUUUAAUAUUUUAUUUAAAUUUCAUAAAUGUUAAAUUUUUAUAUACACAAAUAAAUUUAUCCGAGCUUCCUAGAAAUAAAAGUUUUGACAAUAAAUUCAAAUUAAAUACAUACGUAAAGCUUAUCUUGUAGUAUAAUCAAAACUAUUAAAAAAAAGCUAAGAGCCAAAUUAAUGUUUUGUUUCUGUACCUUACUGCCAACUGUUAAAUUGAUAGACAAAAAAUAAAAUCAAAUUCGUUUAAAUUUUAACGAUUCCAAUGGCAGGUUCGAUUUGCUAAUAACUCUUCUAUAUCAUGCACUAAACACACUUCACGAUUAAUGAACUUAAUUAAUGUAUAAUUUUAAUUUAGCUUUUUAACUUCCGGUAAAAAAAGCCGCCGACAUUUAAAACGCAAUUUUUUCACGAAUCCGUAAUGAGUACCACUGUACCAUAGAUUAUUUACUCGACCAAUGACGUCAUCUCAAUACAAGGUCAACUUUUUUUUUAAUACUGCCAUUAGAAUCGGCUUUAGGUAUUUUUUUCCAACCAACACCAGUAAUAAUAAUAAUACCCAACAUAAUCUACGAUCAUUAUUCUUUAGACAUUUUAGGGCACUUAGGGACUCUGAACAAAACCGACUUGGUAUUUAAACAUACGUACGUGGCUAGAGAACAUGCUUCUUCAUCAAACGAAAGGCCAACAAAGCUAUGGGUUUCGUAAAAUCUUUCUGAUAGAUUUUUAUAAACUUUAACUGCCUUUUUCUAAUAUAAUAUUUGUCUAUGGACCGUAACCGCUCUACUCUUAUCUAGCAUAGACAUCUAUCUAAAGUUGUUGUUAGUGUUUAGUAGUGAACAUUUGUAUAUGUAAAGUGUUUUUUUUUUAUAUAUAUUACAAUGGCAAUGGAAGGAAAAAUCGGACUUUUAAAAAUCUUUAAACUACAUAAAUAUGUAUGAAUUGUAUGUAAGUACGCACGUACUUACCAAUUAAAUAUAUUAUAUUAUAUUUAAAUUGAAUGAUUCUUGAAAAUGUUCUCUUCUCUAGAUAUAUUUAAUUUAAAAAAAGUAAAUAGUUUCUGAAACAUCAUCUGUUGAAAAGACAGUAAAACUUUGUUGACGGAAUUUUCGCCAUUGGUAAAUAAAAAUAUUUGCGCGUAUUACAUCAUAUUACUAUGUUAUAAACUCUAAUACAAUUUUAUAAAUGAAGGUGUUUAUCGUAAUCUUAAUUUUUUUUAAUCGUUUUGAGUAAUUGCUUAUUAAUUAUUAUUGAUAAAGAAAUGCGUAUUGGCGAUUAAAUGUAAAUGAAUGUAAAAUUAAAGGCUGAAUGUUUUUGCUCAUGGCUUCAUAACAAUUUUUUAAUUUAUUACGAAUAAGGCAACAUUAACACUGGUUUAAUGUAUAAAAGCGCAGUCGCUUUGCAACGUGCCUAAAUAUUUAUAAUUUGAAAAUUUGCAUAAAAUUAUUAAAAAGAAAACAAAUUUUAUUUGUCAAAUUAAAUUAUUAUCGAUGGAAUUGUGCUUGCUAAGCCAUUAUAUUUUAUCUGUUAUUUUUUAAUUCGGAUGUGUAUUUACUUUUUUUAUUCGUAUUUACAAAGAAGAUUUUAAUGUUUGCUAACAAUUUUAAUUAUUUUCAAUAUUUAAAUAAAAUAAUAUGGAUUUUUUAUAGCAACAUUUAAAAUUAUCUAUUUUCAAGAAAGUCUAACUUAAAUCUUGUGAAAUUUUUCAUAUGUAUUCUACAUAUCACAAAAUAAAUUUAAUGUACCUGUUCGAAAUAAAUCUAUUUUGGUAUGUACAAUGUAACUUAUUUAAUAAUCAUUAUAUUGUCUUUGAUUAUUAAAUAAUUAGAUAUUUUGUGGUAAAAUAAUUUCGCGUUGCGUUUGUAAAACACACAGCCAAAUGUCGAUAUCACGUUGAUUCCUAUACGUGGCUGUUAUUGAUAAUUAAUUAAUUAUGUUUUAAAAUGUGCAUCAAUAUAAGCCGAAGUUUUUAAUAAGGUAGCCAAAUAUUACCUAAAGUAAUACUUUUGUGGAGUUUCUUUUUCGUGUUACGUGUGAAAUGUAAAAAUGUAAUCUAUUUAAUAUAAUAUUGUUUAUUUUAUAAAUGUAGUCCUGGGAAAGGAAAAUCCAUGGACAAACUUUGUUUUACGAAUUUUGAUGUAUAAUUAUCUUGAGUAGGUCAUGUUUUUAUUUCCUUGAUUUAUUUGAAAACAAUAGACACUGUGUUAUAGUAUCUUACGGGUACGCAUAGAAGUAUUAAUUAUGUAUUUAUGUUUCGUUUUAAAUAAUUAUUAUAUCAAUAUUAAAAUUUUUUAGAAAAAUAAAUUCGGUUAGUACCUAAGCUUCUUUAUUAUGGUACAUGUAAAAUAAAUUGCAUCUUUUUAACUUUGUCUUGCAAAGUUAAUAUUUUUAAUUUUUAAGUUGACAACACCGCAGUUCACUUGGAACAUGUAUGUACUGAAAUUAAAUCAAUGUAAUAAAAUACGAUAUAACACACAUAAAUGUGUGUUCAGAUUUUCAUUCGUGAAAAAUUGCAUAAUGUAAUAAAAAAAAUUAAAUAUUAUUUUUCUACAAAAUUUAAGAAAUUGUAACGUUUUCUCUAAUGAUUACGGUUAAACUUACUUUCAUAAUAUUCGUACCAAAAACGACUUCUAUAUUUCUCUAUGUAUAUAGUUUAUCAAAUUAUAAAGUGUUUAUGUGAUAUUAAAUAUAGUUAAGAGUUAAACCGUGCCGAGUAGUUUUUCUAUGUGGUAUCAGUUGUGAUUUUAUCAAUAAAUAAAUUGCUAUAUUU